UGCUCUGCACUACUAACCAAAAAGAUGCUACUGAAAAAACUAAGCAUGGCGUUAACGUUAUGCUAUAUAAACAAAUCUAUCGCCAGACCAAAACAUACACGACAUAGAUUUCAUUACAAACCGUUGAAACAAAGAAAAGAUGGGAAGUGGAAUGAUAACUGUAAUGGUUGUAGCAAUAGCUUUCUUCAUGAUAGGUUCCGACAAUGUCAACAUGGCGACAGCUCAGUUGUGUGGAGCUAACCUGUCGGGACUGUUGAAUGAGUGUCAACGUUACGUUAGCAACGCCGGACCAAAUUCUCCGCCGCCGUCUCGGUCUUGUUGUGCUCUGAUCCCUCCUGUCGAUGUACCGUGUGCUUGCCGCUACGUGUCCAGGGAUGUUAUGAACUUUAUUGAUAUGGACAAAGUGAUUUACAUUGCUCGUUUUUGUGGCAAGAAGAUUCGUUCUGGCUAUAAAUGUGGAAGUUACACCAUUUCGGCGGCUUAGUUAAAGAGAAGGAUAUAUGCCAACAGAACUUGAGUUGCUAUACAAAAUUUUAAUAAGAUGUAUUUAUGUUUUAGUAAUGACGAUGAUGAUUAUGAUGUCAGGAUUUGGGUCUUGUAAUAAGUUUAUGUAAAUCAAAAUGGAGGUCGUGGUUGGAAGGUAAUAGGAUGGUCAUAGUUUGUGAGCA